AUGGACAGGAAGCAGGCUACCGACGUGGAAGCGCGCCCGCCAAAGGCCAGGCGGAUGGAGCAGCAGCCCGUCGCCGCCGACGAUGGCGCCAGCCAUGCUCGAGAAGUACCGGCUACGAAGCGCAUGCGCCGAACGUCCACCGAGGACGACGCCAACCUGAAAAGGAGGGCGAAAUCUGCAAAGUCGACCACGUCCGCGUACGCGCCCACGAUUUCGCGAAAGAAGACGACAAAAGCCGCGGAUGCCCCGGCGACAGCCGACGACAACGCCCCUAUGACCAGCAAGGGACUGGCAGGCAAGGCUUCGCGGACGAAUAGCGAUAAAAGACACAGGAGAUCGUCGCCGAGCCGAGCCGUCUCUGCCAGUGGCAAGAGCCCGAAACGUCGGCGCCACUCGCGGAGUCACCGUCACUCGGCCAGCAUCGACGAGCUCGAUAAGUUGUUGGGUUCCCGGCAUGGUCUCUGCGCAUCGCCGCGCUCGUCCCGCAGCAGUCGCGAAUCGCAGAUGCGCACGGUCAGCAGCGGGAGCUGUCACGCAAAGAAGACUGGCCUCAAGCGCCGAUCCAGCAGUAUCUCGUCUGCAACCAGCGAAAUGACCGUUCGAGAGAUAAAGCGUCUACGCCGCGCCGUGAAGCACGCGUUGGCCGCCGUCGCCGGCACAUCGAAGAACCACAGUGCCGGUCGCUGUACUCCUAAUAGCGGGGAAUCGAUACGCAAAGUUCGGCGUGCCAAGGCGCGGAAGGCCGCAAGCAACUCGAUGGUCCCGUCUCGCCAUGGUAGGCCGAGGAAGACGCGACCACUGCGCCGCAUCCCUGCUACCGCUUGCGUGCGAUUCCGUCCGUGCUGCUGCCGACUGAAGCAAUUCAUGCGCCCAUGGAAGAAAUAG